AGUUUGGUUGACGAUACCAUCAAACUUCUUUGAAGUGGGACCGGACAAUAAUAAUGUCUACCGAAAGAGUGAAAGAAGUAAAGGAGUACGUGAGGGUAUUGAUCUUCAUGGUACAAGCCACCGGCACUCUGAUAGCCGCCGCCGUCAUGGCGGCGGGUUUCACCGGCGACCAUAGAACGCCGCGGGCGACGACGACCCCCACCACCGCCUUCUACGCAUUCGCCGUCACCGACGCACUGGCUUUCGCGUGUUCUCUCUCCGCUACCUUCGCUUACUCCUUCCUGGCGGCAAGCGGCGGAUCGCCGUCCCCGCCGUUUUCGCUCGACGGCGGUGGUUGUAAUGAUGGAUAUUCCAAUGGGACUCACCGCUUCGCGAGGAGCAUGCUGGGUUUGGCUCUCUUUGCACUCGCGGUUGCUUUUGCCGCCGGUCUCUACUCCCUCCUGUUGCCCCACCCUGUUGCCCCCGCUGCUGCUGUCGCCGUCAUGUGAAGUAGAAAUCUAAAUGAGAAUUAGAAAAAUGCUAGGGGUACACCAAAAGUGUACCCCAUUUGUCUCCCACCCCCUCCUUGUCCACAUAAAAAGGCAAGAAACUC